AUGUCCAUACAAAGAACCUUCUUCAUUUUACUCACUCUUCUCUUUCUGGUUUUCAUUUACGACUCCUAUGGACCAGAACUAGAAUUUUCCACUCCCAAUUUCGAGUCAGAGCGAGAGCUAGAGGAGCACGCGCUAUAUGAUGCCCGUGAUGGCUACUGUGCUGACACAUAUGUAAACGACUUUGGAACCACCUACUUCCCUCGGUCUCAAUUCGUUGGCACUCAUGGCGCCAUAGUAACAGGAUGGCCCGCGAAAGGCGGUUAUUACAAGAUCAAAUGUUCGCUAGCAGAACUCGACUUCCUCGGUCUCGAUCGCUACAAUCCCACCAAUAGAUCAGAGAACGUCGAUGAGGAAGAGGCUUGGUGCGCUACGCUACGUCAGUUACGUGCCAAGUACUAUCGCAAUAUCUGUGAUAGAAUUGCAGACGGAGCGUAUGGCAUAGAGACACCGAAGGUAUAUAUUGGCUGGCCUACCGAUGGAGGUGUGUGGGCUUUGCAGGCAACAAAAUUAAACGCAACCCUUCGCGGACUAGGAAGAAUUGAAAAUGCCUUUACAAUGGAGGAGCGCUGGCAAAAGAUCAAAGAGUAUGGUGGGACAUUUUAUGCUGAGCCGAAAGAAUGUCCUUAUCUUGAUCUCGAUGGCUCCAAGGACCCGGUGAUCAAGAAACCUGAUUGCGGGCAUCUCGAUUAG